GCUUUUUAUCAGAAAUCGGAUUGCGCAAAUGAAAAUGAUUUCGUUUCUGAGAUGAUGAUGAUGAUGGACUAUGGGUCCCAGUUUACGGGAUCCACUAUCAGUUCGGAUACGAUGUCCGGAAGUGUCGGGAGUGUGCUACCGCGUAUACGGACGGUGCGUUUGGUGCGACCGUCUUCUGGAACGUUACCGCCGCCCAAUCUGACUGCGAGGUAUGGUCCGAAUUUGGGGUUCAGUCUUCGUGGUGGCAGGGAGCACGGGAGCGGAUUUUAUGUGUCGGUAGUGGACCCGGGAUCAGAAGCACACAGGCAAGGAUUAAAGGUGGGCGAUCAGAUCAUAAGAAUCAAUGGGUUCACCAUCGAGGAUGCCGUUCACAAGGAGGUUCUUCAAUUAAUCUCAAACUUUACCCACUUGGUCUUGAAAGUACGAUAUGUUGGAAUGAUCCCGGUUAAAGAUCGAAGAGUCGAUCCUUUAACGUGGCACAUUAUAUCCGAUGGCACUUCUUCGACAAGGUCCUCGCCACAAUUAAGCGACAAGGUACACGACGUGCGAAUCAGCAUUAUGAUAGCGCCACGUACCAAAUUGGGAUGUGGAAUUUGCAAAGGCCCAGAAUGGAAACCUGGCAUUUUCGUGCAAUUAACUAAAGAAGGCGGAAUCGCCCGUGACGCUGGCCUACGUCCUGGUGACCAGAUACUGUCAUGCAAUAACGUCGACUUUACCGACAUCCACUUCAGCGAGGCCGUUAACUUAAUGAAAACCGCACGCCAAUUAGACCUACUGGUUCGCAAAUCGGCGGGCUCCGAACUCUUCCCCAGCGAAUCGAGUGGCUACAACAGUUCCGCAAGCUCAGUUACAGGCGACCAAAGUCCUUCGUGGUCCGAUUUAAAAAGGCUAUCGAUCGUCAAGGAAGAAUCGUUAGAAUUAGAAGAUCGUCUAUCGCAACUCGAUCGGCUAAAAGAAAGCGAAUGGGAGAAGAUGGAGUGGGACGACAUCGACAACGACAGACGCUACCAGUUUAAACCGACCAUAAUUAACCUCUCAGAGAAUGGUACCACAAUUACGCAUAGUGGUUCAGAAGAGUGCCAAAAUUUAGAAACCAAUAGUAAUACGUUAACUAGAAAUAAGGCGAACAAAUUAGCGGAUUCCCUACAAGAGACCAAAACCGUUUUCGUCGAGGUGCACCAAGAGACGACCAAGACUGAAAGUUCCUCAAUUUGUAGCUAUGCGGAGUCUUCCAGUAGUUUAUCGAGCGCUAUUAGUCAGGAGUUAAUCCGAAGAUCAGAGCGUAACAAAAUCCACACGAAGCAGUCAAUCGACGAACGACUGCAAGAACAGAAGACAUUAAAAAGCAUCGACACCGGAAAAGAAGAGCAGCACAGAAAGUUAAUGGACGAAUUUAAGAAGGUACAUCGAAAAAUGUUUAAAUCGACGGACGACUGUGAAAGCAAAGAAAUAAACCACGAAUUGUUGGACAGAUAUGCACCGCCCAAAAGCGUGAAGCGACAAGAAGCCCCACAGGAGAAGUCAUUAACCAGACAAACCCCUGAAGCGGAAUUAACACCACCUCCGCCACCCCCUCCGCCCCCAUUUGAUAAUGGUACAAAUUCACGGCCGCAACCGAAACCCAAAACGCCACCGCCAGUUCCUGCCAAGUAUUCAACCCUCUCGUUCGCGAAAGACGACUACCAUCAACCACCGCCAUGCCCGACCCCCGACUACGACACGCUUAGCAUUAAUUCCGCAAAUCCUAGUCAGAACGACUUAGUCGAAAUGGAAUCUCUAGAAUCCUACACCUUAACUAAUCCAAACAGUCAACCGCCGAAACCCCCAAACACGUUCUUCAAUAAACCACCCCUCGGUUCUCGAUUAUCCAAUGGAUCCACCACCAGCACGCUAUCGACUAAAAAGCAGCGUCCCGUCAGCGUGACAAUUGGCGAGUACCCAUCGGGCAGCUUGAGAAGACAGCCCGGAAAGUUGGACUUCUUACAGAACGGCAAUGGCGACGGAGGUCCAAAUGAGUCGAUUACUACUCAAUUCGCGUCGGAAUUGGCGCACACGUUACGAAGGUCCAAUUUGAGAAGGCGAACGGAAUCCAUGGAAAACCUUCUCAAUAAUCAACAAAUUCAGCCACAGACAAAUGGAUCGGUAACAAUAUCACUAAACAACGCAAACAAAUUGCCAGAAAGCAACUUUAAACUACAGGAUACUAGUAACAAGUCAAAUCGCGUCACCAUUAACAUAUGCUCAAUGGAGAAGAAGGCGGACGUCCCCAAUGGUAUCUUGAAGAAUGGGAAUGGUAAUCACACUUUCCACAAUUCGAAUCAUAAACCAUUAGUUCAGCAGAAGAGCAUUACAUUCGGGGAGAUGCCAACAGUCAUAAACGAUCAACUGCUGCAGGCCUAAACGAAAACCCAUCACAAAGUGCAAAACAUGUGUAUAUUACUCUUAUUUGUGAUUAUAACUAUUUUUAUUACGUCACUGUUAUUCGCUUAUUGUUAUUUUGUCAAUUAAAUGUCAACUUAGUGUAACUAAUUGUAAUGUCAUAAAGUUCGCAAUACCGAAA